CAUCAGCGAAAGCUUCCUCACUGUGAAAGGUGCAGCUCUCUUCCUGCCACGAGGAAAUGGGUCUUCUACUCCCAGGAUCAGCCACAGGCGCAACAAGCAUGCAGGGGAUCUCCAGCAACACCUGCAGGCCAUGUUCAUCCUGCUGCGCCCAGAAGACAACAUCAGACUGGCUGUAAGACUGGAAAGUACCUACCAGAACCGCACUAGAUACAUGGUGGUUGUGUCCACCAACGGCAGACAAGAUACCGAGGAGAGCAUUGUCCUAGGAAUGGAUUUCUCUUCCAAUGACAGUAGCACUUGUACAAUGGGCUUGGUGCUGCCACUGUGGAGUGACACCUUGAUCCACCUGGACGGGGAUGGAGGGUUCAGCGUAUCGACAGAUAACAGGGUGCAUAUUUUCAAGCCAGUGUCUGUACAGGCAAUGUGGUCUGCUUUGCAGAGUUUACAUAAGGCUUGUGAGGUGGCACGGAGCAACAAUUACUACCCAGGGAGUCUGUUCCUCACGUGGGUCAGUUACUAUGAGAGCCAUAUCAACUCGGACCAGUCGUCAGUCAACGAGUGGAAUGCCAUGCAGGAUGUGCAGUCCCACCGCCCCGACUCCCCCGCCCUCUUCACAGAUGUCCCAACCGAACGGGAGCGCACGGAACGGCUGAUUAAGACCAAGUUAAGGGAGAUCAUGAUGCAGAAAGAUUUGGAGAACAUCACAUCCAAAGAGAUCCGCACGGAGCUGGAGAUGCAGAUGGUGUGUAACCUGCGGGAGUUCAAGGAGUUCAUUGACAACGAGAUGAUCGUGAUCCUCGGGCAGAUGGACAGCCCCACCCAGAUAUUUGAUCAUGUCUUUUUGGGCUCAGAAUGGAAUGCCUCCAAUUUGGAAGACUUGCAGAACAGAGGGGUACGGUACAUCCUGAAUGUGACUCGAGAAAUAGAUAACUUCUUCCCUGGGCUCUUCGAGUAUCACAACAUUCGGGUAUACGAUGAAGAAGCAACAGAUCUUCUGGCUUACUGGAAUGACACCUACAAAUUCAUCUCCAAGGCAAAGAAGAAUGGUUCCAAGUGCCUGGUGCACUGCAAGAUGGGGGUGAGCCGCUCGGCCUCCACGGUGAUCGCCUACGCCAUGAAGGAGUACGGCUGGAACCUGGACAGGGCCUACGACUACGUCAAGGAGCGCCGCACCGUCACCAAGCCCAACCCCAGCUUCAUGCGGCAGCUGGAGGAGUACCAAGGGAUCCUGCUGGCCAGCAAACAGAGGCACAAUAAACUGUGGCGCUCACACUCAGACAGUGACCUCUCAGACCACCACGAGCCCAUCUGCAAGACUGGGCUGGAGCUGAACAAAAAGGAGAUCACCACCUCGGCCGACCAGAUCUCAGAGGCAAAGACCAACGACAACCAGCAGCCAAUGUCUCCCAUCUACUCAGCUGAGCUUGAAAGGGAGCAGCAGCUCCCAGAGGAUGCAGGCACGAUUGAGGAGAUGUGUGUGAAGGAGGGGAUCCACCUGGAGUUCACGUGUCGGGACUUCCACGCGGAGCAGAUGGAGGACAAGCUGAACCUGAACAAUAUCAAUGGCUACACGGCAGGGUGUUGUGUAGACUCUGUUCCCCCUGAUAACUGCCACGCUUCUGAGGCCUUAAUGCAACUCCAGCACCCCUUGGAAAUUUCAGAGUUUCCUGAUUUGACAGUGGAUGACCUAGAAAAAGAUGCCCUUAAGCCUGAUAUGAACGUGCACUUGGUUCCCAUGGAAGAAUUCACUUCAUGUUUAAAAGACUUUCCCCAGUCCCCAAACCAAAAUUCCCCGAGUCUCCAACAAAACCCCCAGCCCGAAGUGACUGACCUCAGUUCAGACAGGAUUGAUUUCUUCAGUGCUUUGGAGAAAUUCGUGGAGCUUUCCCAGGAGAGCCGGCCACGCACCUGCUCCCACUCCAGGGCGGAGGAGCAAGGGAGUGGAAGGAACGGGGUCUCCAGGGUGCCUGUCCUGGAAGUGCUGCCUGCUGCCGACGGGGCUGCAGAUGCUCAAAGGAACAGCUCUGCAAACUCUCCUCAGGCAUCAGAUGACUCUUCCACAGAAGAAGAACAACAAAAGGAGGUCCCUGAGCUGCCCAGCACAGCCUGUCUCACAAGAUCCCACUCAGAAAAUGCUAUUUCUGUGAAGGAGAUUAUCACAGAGAUCGAGUCAAUCAACCAGGGAGCAGGACCUGCCCAGCAGAAGGAGGGUUCGACCAGCCUCACCCAGACACCAAAGAGGAACACGGUGCACGACCUGCCCGUGGAGGCGAUUUGGGCAUCGGAAAGGGCCGAACAGAGCGAAGGAGCCUGUGCUGGACACCAGGAAAAGGACCCUCUGCAAGCUGAGCAAGAAGCUGCCCCCGCUCUGCAGCUGUCUUCUGGUAGAUCAGACCUGGAGGAAAGCAGCCCUGGUGGAGAGCAGCAAGAGCCUCGUGGCACCAUCAACCCCGAGCCCAAGUGGUGCCCCGGCUCUGUCCGGCGAGCCACCCUGGAGUUCGAGGAGCGGCUG